AUGGUCGACUACACGGACACGCCCUUUCCAGGUGACUAUCAGCCUGGCCAGGUCGAGGCAACUCCAUUUCUGUUCCAAUCUCAGUUGCCAACACACUUCUCUCCAGCAACUUCCGACCAGUCCUUCCAGAACCCGCAGCCCGGUCACAAUCGACCCGCAACCAGCACUGGUGUACCUGGAACUCCUCAACUCGGAGCGGCAAGGACAUUAGGACCAGGUGGUGAGAUGAACUUCGGACAGCAGCCUAUGCAGCCCGGAGGUGGAGGAGGUGGUGGUCACAGCCACUCGUUCUCUACCGCUUCUCUCCCAUCGCUUGCCUCGAGCUCAGGUUCGUUCUCGAUGCCCAGUCACCCCGACAACCAGCCCGGCCAGAUGUCCAUGUCCGCUGGCCCCAGCCCAGUGGCGCCUGCUGCCGCCAACCUAUUCACCGGCGGCCCUGGACCGAUGCUCUUCAACGGUGGCGCGCAGCAACUGCAGCACCCCGACGGAUCGAAACUCCAGGUGAACACGAGCAACAUGACCCCCAACCCUCAACCGAUGACCGCACCUCCGGGCCUCGGACUUGGUGUGACCAUGUACCCGCCCACCCCCAUGUCCGGUACUGUCCCACCUACUCUGUUCAGCUCUCCUGUUGUAAACAACUCCAAUGUCUUUCCCCCAUCGCAGCCAAACUACCCGUUCAUGGGUAAGAUUCAUGGCCGAGACAGAAGUUUCAGCCGUCCUGGGCCGUACCAUGUCUCGUCCAGGUCCGGAUCACUCUCCAUCAAGUCUGACGCGGACGACAACUCCAUCUACAGCUCAGCCAGCAAUGCAAGCACAUGGUCCACUAACACUACAAACAUGAUCGCCGGGGACAUGGGUCAGAUGACGCUCGAGCACCGAAGUUCUACCCCCUUUGAGAUCCCCUGUGGAGGUCAUGUAGCUGCCCGCGGACGUGCCCGAUCAUUCUCUUUGGGCAAGAGCUCGACGAAUAACCUCGACUUCUUAGAGGCCGAUCUCGAACUCUCGGGCUCUGCGAGUGAAAGGGAAGGUGCGGUCCGUGCAGACUUGGCGAACAAGGCCGAGCAAGUUCGACGCCUCUCCCCUUGCCAACAUGGCAAAGCCCGUGCGUUCUGGGCAAAGCGAUGCUACACUCCUGUCAACGGCUUCACUGUUCCUAGGCAGGGCUUAUACCACUCGUACACAAUGUCGUGCAAAGACUUUGGUCUGCGACCCAUCAACUCGGCGUCGUUUGGCAAGGUGGUCCGCUCGACCUUCCUCGGCAUCCGCACUCGCCGCCUCGGUGUCCGCGGGAACUCAAAGUACCACUAUGUGUCACUCCGUCCCGCGAUUUCCACAGAGGCCCAGCGCUUAAACGCGUACGGUGAUUCCAGCGGCCAGCUUCACAUUGCCCCUCCCGACGGCGACUUCGGUUCUGAGGAUGCCGGAGAGCAGGAGGUCCUUACGGAGGACGACUCCAAGGAGGAUGACGAUGACGACGACAUUGGUCACCUGUCUGAGGGGAGCCGUUUCGGGGGCAACCUGUUCGGCCAACCUGGACAGCCGUUUCCGCUGAGCCACCGCUCGCGGUCCUCGUCGAGCGACGACUCGCUGGUCAUUCGAUCGGCGCGUCCAGCCUACAUGGUCAGCCAGUCAGCGCCCUCUGGCAUUUCUGGGGUGACGACGGGUGCACCAACCGGUGUGCAGCUUAACGGAGGUCACUCUGUUCCGCCGCCAUUUCCCGUUCUUCCCGCCAACUCAAACCCUAAUGCCAUGGCCUUCUGGAACCGUUUCGUCCAGCAGCAAGACACUCUAGCCCAGUGUGUUGCGGACCACCAGUUCGACCAGUUCGAUAGCAACUAUCGCACUUUUUGGGAUCAGACUCCAGCGGAUCAGUUACAGGCAGCGUCACAGCCUCCCGUUUCGACAAUGAUGGCUGAUGCCACCGCCAUGUCGUUCGACCAUUGUAUAUUGAAACUUGUCGAUAACAUCCUCCAACCCAUUAAGCCUCAAGCCCAUGCUUCCCUUUCCCUUCUUGCUCUAAAGUUCGGCAACAUGGUUUCCGAGUCCUUGGCCUUGUUACCACCUGACGUUUCUGGACCUCUUGUUGAACUAGGAAAUCAUUGUAGCCAAUUGAUCUCUCGUAUUCUCAACCUCUACCAGAUCACCUCUGCGAUCAGCCCCAUUCUUUCGGAUCCCGACCACUUGGCCACGAUGAUCUCCUCUUGGCAGCAAACGGUCGACUCUAAUUACAUCAUCAAACAAACCGCUGAGACUUGCGACUGCGGCGAGCCCAUUGUGGAAGCCGCUCUGCUCAGUUUCCAGUCUUGGCUUUUCAACUUACUAACUUGUUAUAAUACGUAUCACCCCAUCGAGAAGCUCGCCGAGGUCGUCGACAGCGCCCUCGACGACAUCCCCAACGCCUCUCCCAGGAGAUCAAUCGUCCCAAAGGGUGCCUAUUUGACUUCUCAAGUCAUGCGGCUUCUCACCCUGAAGUCGGACAUCUCCUUCGGCUGGUUCCAGCUCCUCAAAACGUGGAUCGACGACUACCUCCAGAUCUCAUGCUAUCGACACGAGGUAUUCUGCCCCAAGAAUCCGCCCUCCGCCUUGGCCGCUUCUCCCUCCCACAUCAAGGAGAGCCCUACUCUCUCAACAACUACUUCGAACCCCACCCCCAACCCGCCCUCCUCUACAACCGUCGACCCCAACACGAUGAUCGCAGGCGUAGGCGCCGCCGGCGUUGGAAUUGGCAUCGGGCAGAGCUCGAACAGUGGCAGCAGCCACUCACACUCCCACUCGCACUCUGGCCCGAACCUUGCCAUCGACACCGUUACGGCCAACUACAAUUCGGCGAAUGCGCUUGACGCCAGUGCCAUUACGCCUCGGCCCGCGUUCACCCAAAGCGGGAUGGCAACGAGUGCCACAGGACCUGGCGUUGGCGGGAUUGCAGGACCAUCGGGGAACUCGAACAUGGGGGGCUACCUCUGA